GCGGCGCGGGCGGGCGGGCGGCGACCUGGGAGCCGCGCGGUCUCUCGCUCCGCAGUGCACCCGCGAGUGGCGUCCCUUCAUUCCCGUUUCCUGCGGCUGGUGCGAGAACUGUCAGCUGCGCCGUUGCUCGGGGACUGGAGAGGUCCGGUCUGCCCUCGCCGAGAUCGGGGGGGCGAAGCCCGGAGCUGGGCACCCGGGAACGAGGCGGUCUCCCUUCCCCGCGGGCCGAGUGCGCUGGUUUUAGGUGUUUUCAUCGGACCAUCCAAAAUGCAUUUUCAACUUCUGGGUAAGAGCUGUUAGAGGGGGACUUCAUACACUUGGCCACGCUGCCUGCGGAUGACAUUUUGACUGCAUCAACGCCACGUGACCCCCUGCCCAGGAUGAGUGAUGAAAAGAACCUUGGCGUGUCCCAAAAAUUGGUCUCCCCUUCCAGGAGCACGAGCAGCUGCUCUUCCAAGCAGGGAAGCCGACAGGACAGCUGGGAAGUGGUGGAAGGACUGAGGGGAGAGAUGAAUUACACCCAAGAGCCGCCUGUGCAGAAAGGAUUUCUGCUGAAAAAGAGGAAAUGGCCCCUAAAAGGCUGGCACAAGAGAUUCUUCUACCUGGACAAAGGAAUCUUGAAAUAUGCCAAGAGCCAAACAGAUAUCGAGAGGGAGAAACUUCAUGGCUGCAUUGAUGUGGGGCUGUCAGUGAUGUCUGUGAAGAAGUCAUCCAAGUGCAUAGAUCUUGACACAGAGGAGCACAUCUACCAUCUGAAGGUGAAGUCAGAAGAAGUCUUUGAUGAGUGGGUGUCCAAACUCCGUCAUCAUAGAAUGUACCGUCAGAAUGAGAUCGCCAUGUUCCCACGAGAUGUCAAUCACUUUUUUCCUGGGUCCACUGUCCCAGACUCGACAUCGGGGGUGUUUGACUCCAUUUCCAGCAGGAAGCGUAGCAGUAUAUCAAAGCAGAACUCAUUUCAAACUGGAAGCAAUUUAUCAUUUUCUUGUGGUGAGACACGAAUUCCAUUCUGGCUCCAGACUUCAGAGGACAUGGAGAAAUGCUCAAAAGACUUGGCACACUGCCACGCAUAUCUGGUGGAAAUGAGCCAGCUCCUGCAGAGCAUGGAUGUCCUGCAUCGGACAUACUCAGCGCCAGCCAUCAACGCCAUCCAGGGUGGAGCUUUUGAAAGUCCCAAAAAGGAAAAGCGAUCGCAUAGAAGGUGGCGGUCCAGAGCUAUUGGCAAAGAUGCUAAAGGAACACUGCAGGUCCCUAAACCUUUUUCUGGUCCAGUCAGACUCCACUCCUCCAACCCUAAUUUAUCAACACUCGAUUUCGGAGAAGAGAAAAAUUAUUCUGAUGGUUCUGAAACCUCAUCAGAGUUUUCAAAAAUGCAAGAAGAUCUGUGUCACGUUGCUCAUAAAGUUUACUUCGCCUUAAGGUCAGCUUUUAAUAGCAUAUCAACGGAGAGAGAAAGACUGAAGCAGCUGAUGGAGCAGGACGCCUCCUCCUCCCCUUCUGCUCAGGUCAUUGGUCUGAAGCACACACUGUCAUCUGCACUAGCACAAAACACAGAUCUUAAAGAACGCUUACGCAGAAUCCAUGCUGAAUCUCUGCUCCUCGACCCGCCCGCUGUUCCCAAGUUGGGUGACAAUCUGGCAGAGGAAAACUCCAGAGAUGAAAACCGCACCCUGGUUCACCAGCUUUCCAAUGAGAGCAGGCUCUCCAUCACUGACUCCCUUUCAGAGUUUUUUGAUGCCCAAGAAGUCUUAUUAUCUCCAAGCUCUUCAGAGAAUGAGAUUUCUGAUGAUGAUUCAUAUGUCAGUGAUAUAAGUGACAAUCUCUCCUUAGACAAUCUCAGUAAUGAUUUGGAUAAUGAAAGACAGACCGUAGGACCUAUUCUUGAGAGUGGUGAGGAAGCAAGGUCCAAAAGAAGAACAUGUUUGCCUGCACCAGGCCCCAACACCAGCAACAUCAGCCUGUGGAACAUUCUGAGAAACAACAUAGGCAAGGACUUGUCCAAAGUGGCCAUGCCGGUGGAGCUGAACGAGCCCCUAAACACACUACAGAGGCUCUGCGAGGAGCUGGAGUACAGUGAGCUGCUGGACAAGGCUGCCCAGAUUCCCAGCCCCCUGGAAAGAAUGGUAUACGUAGCAGCCUUCGCCAUCUCUGCCUAUGCAUCUAGCUACUUCCGAGCUGGGAGCAAGCCGUUUAAUCCUGUCCUUGGAGAGACAUAUGAAUGUAUUCGAGAGGACAAGGGCUUCCGGUUUUUCUCAGAACAGGUCAGUCACCAUCCACCUAUCUCAGCCUGCCAUGCUGAGUCUGGAAAUUUCGUUUUCUGGCAAGAUAUGAGAUGGAAAAAUAAGUUCUGGGGCAAAUCCAUGGAAAUUGUCCCAAUUGGCACAACCCAUGUGACUCUACCAGCUUUCGGAGAUCAUUUUGAGUGGAACAAAGUGACCUCUUGUAUCCACAAUAUCUUAAGUGGUCAGAGGUGGAUUGAGCACUAUGGAGAGAUUGUCAUCAAGAACCUAAGUGAUGACUCCUGCCACUGCAAAGUGAACUUCAUAAAGGCAAAAUACUGGAGCACUAAUGCCCACGAGAUUGAAGGCACAGUCUUCGACAGGAGUGGAAAGGCUGUGCACCGGCUGUUUGGGAAAUGGCAUGAAAGCAUCUACUGUGGAGGCUCCUCAUCCUCCAUAUGCGUCUGGAGAGCCAAUCCCAUGCCCAAAGGCUAUGAGCAAUAUUAUGGCUUCACACAGUUCGCUCUAGAGUUAAAUGAAAUGGAUCCAUCGUCAAAGUCUUUGUUACCACCGACAGACACUCGAUUUAGACCAGAUCAAAGGUUUCUAGAAGAAGGGAACAUAGAGGAAGCUGAAACACAGAAGCAGAGGAUUGAACAGCUCCAAAGAGAGAGGCGGCGGGUCCUAGAGGAAAACAACAUGGAGCACCAGCCUCGGUUUUUCAGGAAAUCUGAUGACGACUCUUGGGUAAGCAACGGCACCUAUUUGGAACUUAGAAAAGAUCUUGGUUUUUCCAAACUGGACCAUCCUGUCUUGUGGUGAAAACGUUAAGAAGAAAGUUAUGUUAGUGUCUCCUGCAUUUGCUUCUGAAGCAGCUCAAACCUGUGUCUGUAUAUUUAAAAGAUAGUAUCUAGAAUGAUCACGUAUGCUUUAGCUUGGCAUAGUAAGUAUUUACCUAUGUAUUUUCUUCACUAGUUUUCUGUACAUUGUCAAAUGGUAUCAUGAUUCCAUGAUUGUUUAUAUGAAUGUAGAACACCUUGGUAUUUCUUUUUAUAUAUAAACUAUUUAAUAAAAAUUAAAGAUUAAUAUUCA